CAAUGAAACUGAGAUAGAUGAGAGAUAACAAUUUACCGGACUUCGAAGAUACGGCUCGCCGUCGACACAUCACGAGAGUGACAUCCCGACCGAACUGGGGGUCCCCAGGGGCCCAUGCCGAAUCAGCCGAAACACACGGGGAAUCGGUUGAAAAGGACUGGAGAAGCGAGUCGGAGAGCCGUCCAGCGAGCGAGUGUCAUUUCCGGGCAAACUCCACUCUUUCCCCGGCCCUCAAGCAAUCACACCUCCAGACUAUCCCGCCCGUGACCAGCCUGUUAUGCUCAAUCCGGAACCGAUCAGGGUCUCUGCGGAGCACCUCCAGCUCGAAUUUUUCCCUCCUAUCCUGGCGAUUCAGGAACGCUGACGUUUUAGCCGAUAUUAAAUCUAUUUGUCUUACUUUCUGCUGUUCCUUUUCCCCUCUUCGUUUUCCUUUUUCCUUGCCUCAUUCUCAUCUUUUCCCAUAUCCCGCUCCCCUCGUGUGAUCUGCCACUUUUCUUUUUCCUCACAUUUCUACCCCGCCAUGGCAACCCCGCAGGAACUCGUCCCCCAGACGGAAUCCAUCGCUGAGGUCUACGCAACCGACGAUGCCUCCGUCACUUCGGUUGCACCUCACCAUCAGUCUCGUUUCAACAACCUGGUCUCUCAGUUCACCAAGGUUUACAGCUACCGUCCCGAUUUCGUGGCCCGCAGUCCCGGUCGCGUGAACAUCAUCGGUGAGCACAUCGACUACAACCUGUAUGAUGUCCUUCCUACGGCAGUAAGCGUGGACGUGAUCAUUGCUGUAAAGGUCGUCCCUGCGACUGGCUCCGACUCCGUUGUAAAGAUCGCCAAUGUCAACCCGGAGAAGUUCCCUGCCCGCGAGUUCGUCGUGCCCCGUGACACGGACAUUGAAAUUGACCCUAAAAAGCAUGAGUGGGUUAACUACUUCAAGGCGGGACUCCUGGGCGCCCUGAAGUUCUUGCGCAAGCAGAAUGCAGACGGCUCUUUUGUGCCCGCUAGUAUGGAGGUCCUCCUGGACGGUAAUGUGCCUCCGGGUGGGGGUAUUUCCAGCAGUGCGGCUUUCGUGUGUGCCAGUGCCUUGGCCGUUAUGAAGGCCAACAACCAUAAUGUUUCGAAGCAGGAUCUUCUUGAUUUGGCAGUAGUGUCUGAGCGCGCAGUCGGCGUUUACUCCGGAGGAAUGGACCAAGCCGCCUCCAUCUUCUCUCGCCGAGGAUACCUGCUGUAUACCCAAUUCUUCCCCAACUUCUCCGUUCAGCACGUCCCAAUCCCUAAGGCAGACGAGGAAAUCACCUUCCUUAUGGCCCAGAGCUUUGUCACCUCCAACAAGGCCGAGACCGCUCCCCGUCACUACAACCUUCGCGUCGCUGAGUGCACGCUUGCCGCCGUGGUCCUGGCUGCCCGCAACGGCUUGACCCUCCCCAAGGACAACAGCUCCCUCGGGUUCAGUCUCCGUAACUUCCACAACGAGCUGAUGCGCAAAGAGGGCCGUCUCGGCGAUCCCCUGGAGUACCAGAUCGACUCCGUCAUCCAGAGCACUCUGGAGCUUCUGACACAAGAGGAAGGAUACACCCGCGAGGAGAUCGCCAAGCUCCUUGGUAUCACAGUCCCCGAGCUCGAAGCCAAGUACCUCUCUUCCUUCCCUGUCCAGGCAGAACGUUUCCUCCUCCGGCAACGCGCCCUGCACUGCUUCACCGAGGCCCGUCGGGUCCUGGACUUCAAGGCAUGCCUCGCUAAGGCGAGCACCCUCGAUGAAAGACGCAUCCAGUAUCUGGGUCAACUCUUGAACGAGUCCCAGGCUUCUUGCCGCACCCAAUACGAGUGCAGUGCACCGGAGGUGGAUGAGAUCUGCGACAUCGCCCGUCGUGCCGGAACCCUGGGUAGCCGACUGACUGGUGCCGGAUGGGGCGGUUGCACCGUCCACAUGUUGCCUCAGUCUAAGGUCGAGGCUGUUACCAAGGCCUUGAAGGAAGAAUACUACCUGAAGCACUUCCCGGAUAUCAGCGAGGAGAAGUUGGCUGAAGCCAUGGUCAUCAGCAAGCCCUCUAACGGAUCGUUCAUGGUCACGGGCGCAGCUAUUGCCCAGGUUGAGGUUUAGAGGUGGUGUAGUAUUCUCUUUUCAAAGUAGUGCGUCAUAUGGUUGGCAUCUUGACCUUGGAUCUUUCAGCGUUGGUUCUUGUUUCCCUUGCAGAUUGCAAACCCAAUCGCGACAAUUCUGUGUCCCAUUGGAAAUCCAAGCGCUUGUGUAUAUCGUGUGAGAGUAUAUGUACAAAUGGGAUCAUCUUCGCGACGGGUCUAUCUUUUUGGGAUGUUUCCUGCUUAGAAGCGGAAGGCAGUGAUGACUUGUCUGCAAAUUUUUGCCC